UGAUCCACCUAUUUCGACCCGGCACUGUAUCCACUCGGAUCCCUCUCACCUAUUUUGGAAGCCAUGGCCGAGAUCCGGCACUCGGUAGCUAUGGGUACCCGCGCGGGGUCUUCCCCCCUGAAGCGCGACGACACUGUCUCACCUUUCUUCUCCGGCGAAAUGGCCGGCGGAAGCGACGGUGAUGGUCAUCGCCCUUUCUCCCGCGGCCGGGAUCGGUCACGUGAUCGGGAUCAUGACCGCGACAAAGAGCCUCAUCGCUCUUUUCCACUCCACCUCCCGCAUUAUAUCCGCUCUCUCCUCCCACUCGACGACCCUAGGGUUUACUCUCUUUUCUCCUCCCAUCGAUUUCAGCUUGCGUCCUUUGCUCUGCUUCUCCUUCUCGGCCUCCUGUCUCUUCCUUUCAUAUGGACCCGCCUGAAUGCGCCUUACUUGUGCGUUAAGGAAGGAAUUACUCUUCACUGCCCUAUGGCGAGGGAGCCUCCAUCACUUUGGGAAAAUCCACACUCUUCUACAACGUCAUGGAAGCCAUGUGCUGAGCGAAGUAAGAAGCCUAUUUCUGACAUUCCUCCGGAAAAUGAAACUAAUGGCUAUAUAUUCAUUCAUGCGGAGGGUGGUCUAAACCAGCAACGAAUAGCUAUAUGCAAUGCUGUUGCAGUAGCAAAAAUAAUGAAUGCAACUCUCAUUCUACCAGUACUGAAACAAGACCAGAUAUGGAAGGAUCAAACGAAACUUGAACACAUAUUCGACGUAGAUCAUUUCAUUGAUUAUCUUAAGGAUGAUGUACGUAUUGUACGUGAUAUUCCUGAUUGGUUUACCGACAAAGCAGAGCUGUUUACAAGUAUAAGGCGUACUGUGAAAAACAUCCCAAAGUAUGCUCCUGCAAAUUUUUAUAUAGAUAAUGUACUUCCACGGAUUAAGGAGAAGAAAAUUAUGGCUCUCAAGCCCUUUGUCGAUAGGCUUGGGUAUGAUAACGUCCCUCCUGAAAUAAACAGGCUUAGAUGUCGUGUCAAUUACCAUGCAUUGAAAUUUUUACCUGAGAUUGAAGAAAUGGCUGAUCUUCUCGCAUUAAGGAUGAGAAAUCGGACUGGAAGUCCAAACCCUUACAUGGCACUUCAUCUGAGAUUUGAGAAAGGCAUGGUCGGUCUUUCAUUUUGUGAUUUUGUUGGAACAAGAGAGGAAAAGGCCAUGAUGGCAGCUUACAGGCAGAAGGAAUGGCCUAGGAGAUUCAAGAAUGGGUCUCAUCUUUGGCAGCUUGCACUGCAGAAGAGAAAGGAAGGACGCUGCCCUCUUGAGCCUGGGGAGGUAGCUGUUAUUCUACGUGCCAUGGGAUAUCCUAAAGAAACACAGAUUUAUGUUGCAUCGGGUCAAGUGUAUGGCGGGCAGAACCGCAUGGCUCCUCUUAGGAAUACGUUCCCAAAUUUGGUCACAAAGGAGGAACUAGCCAGCACAGAUGAACUCAGUGGUUUCAGGAAGCAUGUGACAAGCUUGGCUGCCCUGGAUUUUCUUGUAUGCCUGAAGUCAGAUGUGUUUGUCAUGACCCAUGGCGGCAACUUUGCGAAGCUGAUCAUCGGUGCUCGGAGGUACAUGGGGCACCGCCUCAAGUCCAUAAAGCCGGACAAGGGGCUCAUGUCGAAAUCCUUUGGCGAUCCUUACAUGGGAUGGGCAUCCUUCGUCGAGGAUGUCAUCAUUACUCACCAGACACGAACCGGUCUCCCUGAAGAAACCUUCCCUAACUAUGAUUUAUGGGAGAAUCCUUUGACACCAUGCAUGUGUAGAGCUUGAUCCCUCCUGCUCUUAAUGGUACACUUCUGCUCUGUACAUUCUUAUUUCAUCCACAUUUUGCUGAUACUUCUUGAGCUUAGCUUUUCUUACUUUUUUUCUUAAUGAUUUUUCUUCGCUUGCUCUCUUUCCCAUUUUUCUUCCUGUACUAAUCUUUUUGAAAACUUUUGCUCCGAGUUUAGACUGAUAUAUUGAUAGAAAAACUUGGUCUUAUGUUUAGGUGCUGAGUUUUGCAGAGU